UCGCAGCUGCGCCAGGACAGCCGGCGCGCGGCCGUGCCCACAAGUUGCCGGCAGCCGAGCGCCGCGCCGCCUGCUCCGGCUCGCAGUCCCCCGCGCCCACCCCGCGGCGGUCGCCGGGCUCCGGGACGUACAUCCCGAGGACACCCACCCCAGAUGUGAAGCGGGACCGCGGCCCCUCGCCCCCUGGCGCGAUCGACAGAGUCUCGCCAGCGUCUCCUCUGCCAAAUCCCUCGGCUGGAAGAUGUGGCAGCCGGCCACGGAGCGCCUGCAGCACUUUCAGACCAUGCUGAAGUCUAAGUUGAAUGUCCUGACACUGAAAAAGGAACCUCUGCCAGCCGUCAUCUUCCAUGAGCCUGAGGCCAUUGAGCUGUGCACCACCACACCCCUGAUGAAGACCAAGACUCACAGUGGAUGCAAGGUUACCUAUCUGGGUAAAGUCCCCACUACAGGCAUGCAGUUUUUGUCAGGCUGCACAGAAAAGCCAGUCAUUGAGCUCUGGAAGAAGCACACACUAGCCCGGGAAGAUGUCUUUCCAGCCAAUGCCCUCCUGGAAAUCCGGCCAUUCCAAGUGUGGCUCCAUCACCUCGACCACAAAGGUGAGGCCACAGUGCACAUGGAUACCUUCCAGGUGGCUCGCAUCGCCUACUGCACCGCUGACCACAACGUGAGCCCCAACAUCUUUGCCUGGGUUUACAGGGAGAUUAAUGAUGACCUGUCCUACCAGAUGGACUGCCACGCUGUUGAGUGCGAGAGCAAGCUGGAGGCCAAGAAGCUGGCCCAUGCCAUGAUGGAGGCCUUCAAGAAGACUUUCCACAGUAUGAAGAGUGACGGCCGGAUCCACAGGAACAGCUCCUCUGAAGAGGUGUCCCAGGAGUUGGAAUCUGAUGAUGGCUGAAUGAACUUGGGAUGCUUCAGCAAAGGCAGCAUGGGUCAAGGAAUUCAAGACCAUAAAUGAAUGAGCAAUGAUUCAAAUUUGGGAUGACAAGACUGCCAAAUUAUUGGCUGACCCAGCUUUUUAAAUUCAGAAGAGCAAAUCUAAAUCUAAAGAAAUCUAUUAUUAAAGUCAUUAUGUUACAUUGAAAUCUGCUGCUGUGACUAUGAGGAGGGUGGGGGUGUGGAUGGGGAGGAACGUUCUAGAUUCUCUUCUUCUUUUUUCUUCCUUAUUUGCCAAUGCCUCCCUGUAGAAGAUGUCCAUGCCGAUUUUCACCACUCUCAGGCAAAUGCUCCGUGGCUGUUAUUUGAUGGACCGUUCCAACUUGCCUUAUGAAACCCAAUGAGAAUGUUCAGUGCACCUACAGGAUCCCUAGCCGUGGGGGGAGGUGGUGAGUGCUGAUGCUGGCGAGUGGGGGGGAAGGUGCCCUCUGGAUAAAGGGACACCUCAGGCUGAUCCUGAGAGCUCCUCUCCCCUGGUUUCAGAUUCUCUCUUCAGUAAGCAAGUCAGCACAGCCUUUCUUGAGCUUUACAACUAACAACCCAAUAGUUGGCAGUUAAUCCACAGUUAAAGAUAAAGCUUUGUAUUGCAUACACGUAUCCAGUAGUACUCUCGUAUUGUAUUUGCUUCAUCUAUUUUCCUAGAAUACCUGCAACCACUCAUAGGACCUUUCCUCCUCCCACCCCAUCCGCCCCCCUUUGCCCUUCCAAUCCGCUCCACCAUCUCUACAGGGAUGGGGACUCGGCCUACACUGCAGGACACCAAAAGGGAAGAAAAGAACCCAGCAGAUGAAAGAAGCAAACGAAGCAGAAUUUAAAACCACCACCACCAAAAUGGAGAAAGGGAAUGCGUUAUCAACAGGUGAACAAGCUCCACGUAGGCUGUCCUGUUUUCCAGCCCCAUUUAUGGUAACUUAUUUACUGGAUGGUCCUACUUGAUGCAUCUUUCAUGGCAAGCUUCAAAUCCGAUUUGGUGUCACUAAGGAAGACUUGCCUGGUCACUCAGCGUUGCACUUGAACAGGGAAUGAGUCCCAGAAACCAGACUUAUCUAGUGAACCUCUGUCCAUUUGAAUCUAAAGGGAAAUCUGACCUUUUUAUCUUACAGUUGGGUUGCUAUCUUAGGGUCAGAGUUGCCAAUUUGUUCAGUAUUUCUAAUGAGAGCGUCUCACUAAGAGAGCCUGAGUUUUCUCUUUAUGGAUCUUUAAGUACCAUAAAAGUGAAGAGUCAACAUGGAAGGACAUUGAAAGUAUUGGUUAAAUUACAUACAUUUAAGGCCAAGAGCAGAUUCUCGUUUUCCAGGCAAGGCUGCUCCUUUAUGAAAGUCUGUUUUUAAUCCCAGUAAUAAUAUUAGGGGCCCUGGGACACCUUACAGAAGCCUUAAAUGAGAAUUUACCGAAUCCAGAGAGCAGUGGUGUCAGCCUUUUGGUCUGUGUUACCUGUGUGUCCGUGUAUGCCUUUGUGUGUGUACGUGUGCCCCCAAGUGCGGGUCCAGUCUUAAGGCAUGUAGAAUAAGCAUGGAGUCAUAAGGAGGGGAACACGCCUCUUGGAGAUGUGCUUGCUGCUUUACAACAAAUGUAAACUACUCUUUAGCAUAAAUGCAUUCAUUCUUUAAUAAAAAAUAUGUUUGCAUUAAUAAAGCUGAGGUGUUUCAUA